UCGAUAGGUGGUUCCUACGGUGUCAGCGCGAAACGGCGGGACUUACGCCGGAUAACCUCGAACCUCGAAUUCGAGUUGAGUCGAUCAAGCCGUCCAACAGCUUGUCGGCGUCCUUCCUGUUGUCCUUGGUCCUCGGUGAAGGGGGACUGAUCGGCCCUGGUGGUGUCCUGGGGCCGCAGAUGGGAGCUGGUCUACUGGAGCCCGACAGGGUGAUCAACCCCGUGAAACGACACCAGCCGUUCCAACUUCCGCUCGAGGCCUACGCUCUUCCCCUUCUUGCUCGUCGCCCACCAGGUUUCUCCCCGUUGAUUCGGCCGCAUAAACUCGAUCAAGCUGGAAUUGAUGGAGUUGGAGAACAUUGUAGCAAACACUGUGUAUCUCAAAGCGAGAGAAGGCGGUGGUGACAGCAACAAGGGUAAGAGUAAAAAAUGGCGGAAGAUACUCCAAUUCCCGCACAUUUCCCAGUGCAUAGGCCUAAAAGAUAAAUUGGAUAUCAGGUACAGCUAUGUGGUGGAUCAGCAACCGAUUGGUAGGCUGUUGUUCAGGCAAUUCUGCCAGGACAAGAAACCGUCCUACCAUCGGUACAAUCUCUUUCUGGACGCCAUCGAGAAAUACGAGAUCGAGAUGGAUGAGAAUCGGACUGAGCUGGCCAAGGACCUGUUCGAGCAAUACCUGAAGAGAGAGGGCUCAGAGGUCGUCGACAUCCUAAACGAUUCUUUGAUCGCCCAGUGUGAGGAGAGGCUCAGCACUGGCGGCAAGGAGCUCUUUGUGGAGAUCGCGCAGACCGUGAAAAACUUCCUCGCCGGCGAACCUUUUUCAGCUUUCCAAACCAGCUUUUAUUUCUAUAGGUAUCUUCAAUGGAAAUGGCUGGAGGCCCAACCAGUCACGUACAAGACCUUCCGUAUGUACAGAGUGCUGGGAAAGGGUGGGUUUGGCGAGGUAUGCGCUUGUCAAGUACGAGCAACAGGAAAAAUGUAUGCGUGCAAGAAGCUGGAAAAGAAACGGAUCAAAAAACGGAAGGGAGAGGCGAUGGUGCUCAUAGAGAAGAAUAUAUUGCAAAAGAUCAACUCGAAAUUCGUCGUGUCCCUGGCGUAUGCCUAUGAGACCAAGGAUGCGUUGUGUCUAGUUCUGACAAUUAUGAACGGUGGAGACUUGAAGUUUCACAUUUAUAACAUGGGCGGUGAGCCUGGUUUCGACAUCAAUCGUGCCAGGUUCUAUGCAGCCGAGGUGGUCUGUGGCCUGGAGCAUUUGCAUUUGCAAGGAAUAGUUUACAGAGAUUGUAAACCAGAAAAUAUUCUGCUGGAUGAUCAUGGCCAUGUAAGAAUAUCUGAUCUUGGCCUGGCUGUGGAGAUCACGGAGGGCGACAUGGUGACGGGAAGGGUUGGUACAGUUGGGUAUAUGGCGCCAGAAGUGAUUGACAACGAGAAGUAUACAUUUUCACCCGAUUGGUUCAGUUUUGGAUGCCUUCUGUACGAGAUGAUAGAGGGUCAAGCUCCGUUUCGUGCAAGAAAGGAAAAGGUGAAGCGGGAAGAAGUGGACAGGAGGGUGAAAGAAGAUCAAGAAAGGUAUUCUGCCAAGUUUACCGAGGAGGCGAAGAGUUUGUGUCAGCAAUUAUUGAAAAAGAGCCCGAAGAACAGACUGGGUUGCAAGUGCGGUAGACACGGCGCCAAGGAAGUAAAGUUGCAUAACUUCUUUCAGUGUUUAAACUGGAAGAGGGUCGAGGCCGGUAUGUGGGAACCACCGUUUGUGCCGGAUCCUCAUGCGGUGUAUGCUAAAGAUGUAUUGGACAUUGAGCAAUUCUCUACAGUGAAAGGUGUCAAUUUGGAUGCCACUGAUGAUACCUUCUAUAGCAAAUUCAAUACUGGUAGCGUGUCUAUUCCAUGGCAGAAUGAGAUGAUAGAGACUGAGUGUUUUAAGGAACUGAACGUGUUAGGUCCUAACAACACACCUACUCCUGAUCUCUUGAUCAAUCAUCCACCACCAAAUAACGAAAAUAGAGGCUGCUUUCCAUUUCGAAGACAGAAAAAGCAAAGUGCUCGUACAAGACAGAUACCAUUAUCAGAGUGUCAUCUACUGGAGUUGUCGCAGAGCCAAAACUCGGAGAUGCCAGCCAGCUGAUCCAAGGUGAACACAAAUAGUGUAAAUCAACCGACAUCGUCGUCUAUGCGACGUCGUCGUUGCGGACGACGUCGACGAGCUCUCAGAUGCUGCCCAAAGCUACUUUGAAACAGGAAAAACAAUAAUAAAAGAUGAUGCCUGAGUGAGCUCUGCAACUUUGGCGCCGAUUUUUGGUGUGCUAUCUUAUGAGAUUCACACUCAUCGAUAAAAGGGCUAGCUGAGAAGAGGCACUUUCAGCAUUACAAGCACAUGACACAUGUUUUCUCAGGUUUCUCGGAGCAAGAAGCGACGAAUACGUUGAUACUUGCGAGAAUGAUAUGUUCAAAUACGUUUGUAAUAAGAGUAACAUAGAAGCAGCGCCUCGUAAUCUUAAAAAUCCAAGAGAAAUGUUGCUCUUGUUGCAAAGGAGAAUAGUGGAUGCAACUACGUAUUAGUUAUUACAUCGAAAUAUGGAAUUCUUUAUGAAUGAAAUUGAUUCGUAAAGUAUAUUUAUUUUUGCGUGUGCAGCGCUUGAUAUUUAUUUUUUAUCGGAUGAAAAUGCAAUAGUAGGUAUUUAUGGAAAAUGACGUUUGGAUAUUUAACUCUCAUUACGUAUUAUCUCAUUAUAUAUGUUUUACAUCACUGAACGGUAUUCUUUAUUCAAUUGGUCUAUGUACACUUAAUGCACAUGAAUGCGAGCGUGAUUUCGAGCAUUCACACGUUGGCAUGUAUGCAAUGUUCGCGUAAAUAUGUUUACGAAUGGCGCAAUUACAUAUCGGUAAUUGGGGUCGCGUGCAUAUAAUUUUGUAUGUGUACUUAGAACAGUCGAUAGGCGCGUGCACAUGCGAUAAUGAUAGUAAGAAUGUUAUUAACGGAUAAAGAAAAUAUACGCGUGAAAAUUGCAAUAUGAUAAAAAUAUACUGUGAAAAAAAAAUGCUCCGAUGGAACCGAAAAAAAUUUUCUUUCGUUUCUUGGAGCAAGUUCCAGAGGCAUUCUAAUUUUUUAACUAAUUUUUUAGUUGAAAUUAAUAAUAUUCGCUGCUUAAAAUAAUCACAGGGUCGCUUGUGUUAGAAUAAUGUGACUAAAGAUAUUUUUUUUUUUUUUUACUAUUAUAUUACUUUUAAAGAUAUUCCUAGUAUUUAAUUUUUUUUUUUUUUUUUUUUUUGAGUACACGAUCCUCUGAUUAUUUUUAGUAUAGAAAAACUAUAUAAUUUAAAAUUCAAUCAAAAUUUAUUUAUAAUCAGUGUGUUCUUUCUUGAUUCUUGACAAUCUUCCAAUUUCAUUUUGGAAUGUACAUUGCAUUGCUCAAAGUAGUCAUUGAAUCCUAUACUCAAAUUAUAUCUUGAAAACUCCAGAUUAUGAUAUAAAUUACAAUUUAAGUUCAUUAUUUUGUGAGCAGUGUAAUCGUCGACUGCCUAAUUAGUUCAAUUUUCUUCUCAAAUGAAACUCGAACCGAGUAGAUGCAUUUAAGGAGCGUUUAAAAGUCUGUGUUUUGAUACUUUUACUUUUUGACGGAUGUUUGCGUGUAUAUAUAUAUAAUUCUUUUUAAGUACGAAUGGUUUUCAACGAGGAGAAACCCGUCCUGAGAUACGCACAAAUUGAUAUGCGAUUCAAUUUUCUUUUUUACAAAUGAUUCAGUUCAUAAUAUGUUAAAACAUAUUCUUUAAUCGAAUAUUUCCAAGACCUUUUUAAGAAAAAAAGUCGAUGAAUCGCACAGAUAACAAAGCAUACGAAUGCUAUCAAACGCAUACACUAAGAUUUAUUUAUAUAAUAAUGUUGAGGAGAAUUUGUUAUGCUAUUGAAAAGAAAAAUUGGCUAUAAGUAUGUAAACGAGAACAUGAGGCUGAUAGCGAACCAAGAAAAAGUAAUCUCUUUCAAGAUUAUUGAUAAAUCGUUGCAAUUACGUGGCUCGUUUUAUUAGUCUUUGAUUCUUGUUUUUUUUUCUCUUUUUUUUUCUUUUUUUUUUUCCUUUUUUUUUUAUAAAUAUUGUAUUAUACAUAAGGCCGAGAUAAAUUAUGAAUGGACUGAUAAGUAAUUAAUUUUUAUGGAUUUGUAUAUGUAUGCAUACAUAUAUAUAUAUAUUUGUAUGUAUAUAUGAUAUAUAAUUUCAAUUUGAUAUAAUUAUUUUAGAUAAUGAUAAUUUAUGUAUUUUUUAUUGAAUAAUUUGUUCAUAAAGCAUUUACUUAGCAGCCCAUUCACUAGAAAUAUUUAUAUAUUAUUUAGGAUAAACAAAUGUGUAUGUCUCAGCGGUACCGAUUUAGUAAUUUAAAAAAAAAAAAUGUAUUAUUAAUUAAUCCACGAAUAACGGUGCGACCUCCUAUUGAUCAUAUCUAUCAUUCAACUCGAUUCGUUCGAUAAACGAUAUUUUCGAUAAUUCGAUAAAUCGAUUUUCAUAUCGAUUUCAUAAGUUGAGAAAAAAAUCGAUAACAAAAAUGUUUAUUGGUCGAAUCGCGAGUUUAUAAUCGCUCACAGUGCAACACCGUGUCUCUCGUACAAAUUGCGGUAGAAUUUUCAUUAUUUAACCAUCUACGACAAUAUCGAGAAUCAUUUAAUCUUAUUUCCAGAUUAUUUCGACGACGUAAAGUGAAAAAGAUCGCACGAUAUGUGAUGAAUUAUGGUGAUGUUCAAAAAAUUACCAAACGACCAGAUUGAAGGUUAGAUUAAUUUUCGAAUUGUCGAGAUGGUUCCAAAUUAGUUACGUAAUUUUGCAUUACUCUUAAUAUCGUAAGUUAGCAUGUAAACAAUUAAUAAUUACCGGGGAAAAAGAAUAUCGUAUAAGCAAAAGUACCGGUAGUUCGAUCUCCAUUCGUGGGAUAUCAUCGUAUCGUCCAGAUAUUUCCGAUUAUAAAAGGAAUCUCUCAGUGCUUUCAACUGUGAUUAUGUCUGAUGUCCUCCAUUUAUUAAUUUAUUAACCUUUUUGCGAGCUACCGGGCGUUCGAGGAAAAAGAUCGAUCGUGUCUAACAAGUAAAGACGACGUUACUCGUACGUAUCAAAACAGACAAAGAAAUAUUCUCGUAUAUAAGUACCUCGAAUUCUGACAGACAAUUGCCGUAGAAUCUCGUUUAAUGUCCGUCAGAUAAUGUUUUUUUUUUUUUUUAGAAGAUAUAUAUCUUCGUUUAUUCGCCAGUUUUUUUUUCUUUUUUUUUUACAUCGUGUAUAAAUUAUAUUAAAAAUUUAAUAUUUUUCUUCUUUUCCUUUUUCUUUUUAAUCAUUUUUCUAUAUCAUAUUAUAUUGAUGAGAACAGGGAACGAGAUGUUCUUUUAUUGGUCAAUUAUAGAGAAGGAAAGUGAUGAGGCAAAUAUUAAAUCAUUCCACUUUUUCGUGCAAAUGUAUAUUGCUGUUUCAUUUUUCGUUUAUGAUGAUUUAAGUGCAAGAGUAGAAGUUGGACAUUCUGAGAGACGUUUAUAGUUAUUAAAUUGCAUAGGAAUAACUAACUAGUUAUAAAAUCUAAUUAGCUCUCUAUAUUUUUACUUAUAACUAUAUUAGUUUCCAGCGUAUAAAUAAUACGUUGGUUUAAUUGUUUCUAUUAAUUGAACGAAAUUUUUAUUUUUUUUUUUUUUCAGAACAAAUUUAAAUGAAAAUUCACAUUUUUUUUUUUUAAUAAAAAAUAUUAUUUUACACGAUGAUUGCCAAAUCGCUUAUUGUUAUUCCUUUGUAAUUGGUGCAAUGACUAUAUGAUGACUCUUGUCAUCGGAGAAUGAUAAUUGCAUUUCCCCGAAAAGGAGCCUCUCGAUAAAAAAAGAGUCAGCAAUGCAGAGGCUCCGUGCAAGCACGUGAAAGUUCUCCUUUGUACAUAAUAUAUUACGAUAGCGAUAUUAAACGAUAGCUAUAUAAUUCUAUAUAGGAAUAGGAAGCGACUAAUUAGUAGUAGAUAUGCGUGUUUGUAUAGGUGCAAGAAAGAAAUAAGCGUUAGCAAAGAAGAAACCUCUCCCCAUUGUUAUGGGGAAUUUUUCCCGAGACGGCGGAAAUAUCCGCGUGAGAUUAUCAUUGUAUUUAUAUCGUAUACCUUCUUCCACACUCCUUUUUAUCCGCUGCCACGUGCAACUGCGUAAAAUAAAAGACUAAAAUGCAAUGGAA